AAGACCACUUAAUAAUAAUAUAGUAUAGAUUAAUGAAAAACACAGAUAAAAUUUCACUUGAAUAAGGUAAAAAGCAUACUGGAUAAUGUGUCUUUUCCUUAUUCAAAAGAACGGGAUGAUUACUGAUUAUAGAUUUGGUCUACUCAAUCAUUUUUCAGUUGAAUAGUGGACAAUAAUUAAUCCUACUGUAGGUACAAGGCCUGAAAUUUUGAGGGAGGGGUGCUAGUCGAUUACAUCGACCUCAGUGCUCGACUGGUACUUAUUUUACCGACUCCAAAAGGACGAAAGCAAAUUCGAGCUGCGAAAAGUUCGCGUUUUUGUGAUAUGUCAAUGCAGUAAGGCACGGAUCGUUAUAGUGUCGGAGUAAAGGAUGUGUGUAUUUACGGUUCUGAGUUCAAAUACAGUUAGGGAUCAGAUUUGCUUUUAUCCUUCUCUGACGACAAGGACUUGGCAAUUAUAGGAGUCGAUUUUAUUUCUAUAGUGCAUUUUAGAUACAAAUGUAAUUAUAUUCUGAAAUCUCGUGCCGACAGGUUAGCAUCAGAGUAGCUUAAAUAUUAGAAAAAAAAAUUGUGUUAGACUGCCAGGUUUUUCUUUUCUCUUUCUUUUCGCAAUAAAUAACGGGUCAAUCACUUAGUCACUACACCGGUGAUAAAAGAAUAAUUUUCCCAAUACAUUUUUUUGUUUGUUUUUGUUAAUAAAACGAAACAAAGAAUGACGAGUGAUUAUAGUAUGAAUCUACUGUAAUCUAUUUCAAACACUGCUCGGGGUCAUUCAUAUCAGCUAAUGCCAGUGAAAGAGUUCAGAGUUAUCUCCCUUGAAUUCAAGUAAAAUUCACUCGUCAUCUUAUCACGGUAACAGCAAGAAGCACUUUGUCGUGUUAACUCUAACAAUCACCAUGGCUGCUUUGUCGAACGAAGAAAUGCUGGCUGCUCUUCACCAGCCUGAUCCAGCUACCAAAGAUUUCUUUUAUCAACAAACUAUGUACCGAGUCAAAGACCCAAAGGCAUCUUUGACAUUCUACUCUAAAGUCUUGGGAAUGAGACUGCUUCAUCGGUUUGACUAUCCACCAUUAAAGUUCAGCUUAUUUUUCAUGGGUUAUGCCAAUGAAGAUGAGAUUCCAAAGGAUGAAGCUGAGCGGUUUAAAUGGUGCAUGACCAGCAAGACAGCCAUUGAGUUGACCCACAACUGGGGUUCUGAGACUGAUGACAGUGUUCAGUAUCAUAACGGCAACAGUAGUCCACAGGGAUUUGGACAUAUUGGUGUUUGUGUCCCAGAUGUUGAAGCUGCCUGUAAAAGGUUUGAAGAGUUAGGCGUGCCCUUUAAACUCAAACUGAAUGCUGGAAAAAUCAAAGGGAUUGCUUUCAUCAUGGAUCCUGAUGGUUACUGGGUUGAAAUAUUUUCUGGUGCAAGUGUUUCAGCUAAUAUUAACAAAGAGAGCUAAAACAUUUUUUGUUUUACUUAAGACAUUUUACCACUAUGCCAAAAAUUAAAGUCUUCCAUUGAUAAUCUUGAUAUAAUAUAUAUUCCUAUUCAGAAACUGCCCCUUUUUGUUCAUAUUUGACUAAGUUGAUUCCUUAAUUCAACACCUUGUCAAAAUCUGCAAAAACUUUAAUUGCUUUGCGUUCUUUCAAUUUUCUCCAGGAGAGAGGAAAUCUUAGCUGAGAAUUUUGUGAAUAAAUAAAAUGACCCCACCCCUUUAUUAUCAUUACAAAUUUGAUGAAGCCAGUUGAUUGGCAAAAUUGUUUGUGCAUUGGUAAAAUUGCCUUGCAAUGUUUGUUCUGGGUCUUUACUAAAGUUCACCACCAAAUUUCCAACAUUGUGACUAAGAAAUUAAUUAUUACAAGUUUGAUACAAUAAACUAUGAGUAACAAUUACCAAUGUAAUUGACAUCCAAAUGUGUUGCUACAAACACCUUUUUAAGAUCUUUUUUAAUUACCCAGAAGAAUCGUCUGAACUUUUUCUUUGUACCCACGUCCUUCAAAGAUUUAUUUUGAUUGAAAUAAAAGUAAAAAAAAAAAAAAAUAUUGAUUAAUA